CCUCUGUCCACAUCACAGCCACAGGACUUCAGCACUAGUCGCCUAGUUUUGUGAGAUCCAACCCUGACUUCAAUAUUUCAACAUUUUACUAAAGCAGUGAGUGCAGUGUCAUUAGGGCUAAUUAAAAACAGCUAAAAACGGAAUAUACACGACAUUUUCAAAGAGCUAUUACCUUUUAACCCACUGGAUGGGCUACCUGGAGACGAUGUUGAGCGCGUUUUCUGUCGUUGUGGCUUAGAACAGGUGAACGAAUAGCGACAUUAUCAAAGACCACCAAGAACAAAACACCGGUCAGACACCCGAAGGUGCUGCUCAACUCCAUGGACCACACACUCCAGAGACUUCAUCUCCUAGUCCCGACCGCCAUCACUCUCUGGUCUUUCCCCGUCUCGAUGGCCGCCAGUGUGACCCCAAGUGGGUGUGGCUCCAACGUAGACUCCCUGUACUACAGGCUGUGUGACCUCAGUGCCGUAUGGGGCAUCGUGCUGGAGGCGUUAGCGGCAGCCGGCGUGCUGGUCUCCAUCAUCCUCUUCAUCGUCCUCCUGGCCAGCCUGCCCUUCAUCACAGACAAGAAUAGGAUGCGCUCCGUGGGCCUCCACGCCUGCUUCCUGAUCAGUACCCUGGGCCUCUUCUGCCUCACCUUCUCCUUCAUCGUAGGGAAAGACUUCGCCACCUGCGCUUCGCGACGCUUCCUCUUCGGAGUGCUGUUCGCCGGGUGCUUCGCGUGUCUUCUCAUGCAGUGUGUGAAGCUGAACCUCUUGGCCCGCAGGGGAGAUCGGGUGCCCCGGGCCUCGGUGCUGUGUCUGGGAGUCCUGGGACUCUGGCUGGUGGAGGUGGUCAUCAACACGGAGUGGCUGAUCAUCACUGUGGCUCGAUAUCCUCUCAUGCUACUCAACGCUACAGGGAUAGCACUUGGCACAGCCACAAACGUGCCCUGUAACAUCACCAACCAGGACUUUGUCAUGGCGCUGAUCUACGUGUUGAAUCUUCUCCUAGCUGUCAUAGUGGCUUCCUUACCCACCCUGUGUGGGAAACACAAGCAGUGGCGCCAGGAGGGAGCCUUCAUCCUCGUCACGGGUCUCCUCUCUGUGUUCAUCUGGGUGGCCUGGAUCACCAUGUACGUCUGGGGGAACCUGAAGACCGGCAGACCCAGCUGGGAUGACCCUACCCUGGCCAUCGCCCUGGUCAGCAACGCCUGGGUGUUCCUGAUCCUCUACACCAUCCCAGGGAUAUGCUCUCUGACCGGGGUAGAGGAGGGGGGCGCGCCAGGGUUCGGAGAGGACCUGAGCAGAGGUGUGGGCUAUGAGAAUAUCCUGAAGGAGCAAGGAGCCCAGAGCAUGUUUAUGGAGAACAAGGCUUUCUCUAUGGAUGAGCCCAACUUCGGUAUGUAG